CUGAGACAACUCGUUCAAAGGGAAGCUAGAGAGGUGGGACAAUUUCAAAUAAUCAUCUUUUAUCCAUCUUUAAGCCUACUUCAGGUUCGAGAACAUGCUCAAGUUCUUGUCCCUCAAGGUGUAGUAGAUGAAGGAAAGAAGCUUCCAUUGCCUGAUACCGGCCUUGAAGGAGCACUCUUCGAUAUGUUGGAUGUAGAAACAGAUCCAACUCUCAGGGCGCAUGUACAGGAAACCAUAAUAUCACUAGUACAAGCCACCUGUGGUGACCUAUUGAAUCAGUGGUUACUUUUAUGCAAGGACAUUUUGGCCACGUCUAGUGAUAAUACGAGAAGUACGAUGUUUGUCGGUGAGGAGAAAGCGGGCAAGGAAGGCGACGAGGAUGAAGAGGGAGGUGAUGACGAUGACGCCACCCUUCAAGUUGGUGGUCCAAGAGCAGGUGUUCCAGAUAAAGGCAAAGUGCAGCCACGAUGGCCCACAAGGGUUUUUGCAACACAGGUUGUUCAAAGGCUAAUGAGCGUUUGCGAUACAGAAAGAGCACAUCUAGACUUGUCAUUGGCAAAAGAACUGCAAAUGUCAUCGGGUAAGAUACUACUGACACGUCUCAUUUAG